GAGCAACCGCGCAUCGUAGGCUUGCUUGUGACGUUCGCUGACGCGAUCAAGAGUAAGGACGAGGAAAUUGCGGGCCUUGAGGCAGAGGGCAAGGACCCCGGGCCGCAGGAAGAGGCGAGACAGCGCCUACACAGAUUCACGUCUGCGACGAACCGACGAAUCCACAAGGGCUUUCCAGAGAUGUUGACGCAUCUAUUGGAGAAGCCCGCUGUGCACUGCAAUCUCGACUAUGUCAGCUUAAACCUGCAUGGGCAAAUUUCAAGACUUGUUCGGCUGAUGUUCAACGAGCCCGCCCCUGCCGACGCAGCAAAGGUAAGCGAGGCGCGCCCGGGAUGCCUGAACAUUCGCCCGAGCGUCUUCAUUAAGGUCGAUGGAGACGGUAGAGUCGCCGUGCUCGGCGAAUGCAAGACGGGCGACAACAUCUCCAGCAGCCACAGCUUCAGUCAGCGCCCCGCCCACAACAUUCGACGUCAAAGUACGGCGACGCCCGUGCUGAGCAAGAGGUUCGCUGAGUCGGGGAAGGAAGACAACAUACCUUUGAUGACUGCUUCUGGGGCCAGAAUUCACGAGUACGCCUACUACCUGCACCUCAGAUUAGUGACCGCCUGGCGCAUGCCGAUAUACCAUGGUCGCCCUGUGAAGGCCCCUGGCAGUGCAUCCAGCGCAUGCGACGAAGGCAUGUAUGCACUCACGGUGAUGGUGCUGUUUCGUCCAUACAGAUCUUUGGAGGAAAUCGUGGACUGGUGCGGCCUGCGCGUCGACGUCCUCGGAGACUCUGACAGUGUCUGGCGAUUUGCUUAUGAAGGGUACUUGCGGUGGCGGCGUCGGGUUGAGAGCUCGGCUGCCAGGUUCUACGAUGGCGCCGUCGACAAACAACCGGAUCCGCUGUCGCAGGAAUGGUGGGAUUGCAUGAUUUACGAACGCGUCCGCAAUUUCGACGGCGCACGCGCGCGCCAUUCCGCUGACGCGGGCAAGGCGCCAGCUAAUCUGCCCGCUCUGCCGCCGUUGCUUCCUGUCGGCUCGGCUCGCGGCGACGACGGCGCUGAUCUGCGCGACGGUGCCAGCGACAGUGACGGCGUCGCAUCCACAUCAUCAGAAGAUGCUGCGCGCGUGCUCGACGAAGCCGCUGUCGUGGCGGAUGUCGAACCGCGACAUCGGCGAGUGGCCUCCGCCGCAGACCCGCCGUCGAGACUCUAUGGUUCCAUGCCCGAGGGGUCGAGGCUGGAGGACUUCCACGACCCGCCGCUGGCUCGCGCCCACGCGCGCAAUGCCGAGGAGAAGCGCUGGCAGAAUUUCGCUGAACAUGCUCGAGAGGCAUUCUCCUCAAACGUCGCGAGUUUUGAUUUCGUGAACAGCAGCUCCCAGUGGGAGAUUCGUGAGGUAGACGCAGUGGAAUCGGCCAAGCAGCCGGAGCUCUUUUUCAAAAGCGUCGACAAACUCCACUUCAACGCGAGUGGCAACUUCGCCGUCCAGCCAUCCUGCAGGAGGGGUAAAUUUUACGGGGAGCUCGCCAACAUCGUCGAGGAUUGUCGCGUGUCCUUGGACUUGACGCCAUCCGACACUAUCGCGAUGCGAGCUGCCUUCCACCUGCUGCAGCGGGGUUUGCUCAACGUCCCAGACGUCGGCGGCAUCAAUGCGAGGGCGAGCCCGUACUUUUCUGUGG